AUGGUACUUAGUUUAGAAGAAGUUGCGAAACACAACACAAGAGAAGAUUGCUGGGUUAUAAUCCACAACAAGGCAUAUGAUGUCUCUGGUUUCGUGAAUGAACAUCCUGGUGGAUCGGCAAUUAUAUUGAAAUAUGCCGGUAAAGAUGCUACUAAAGCGUUUGAUCCAGUUCAUCCUGGUGAUACUUUGAUUAAAUAUUUACAACCUGAAUGUCAUAAAGGAGAAGUUGAAAAGAAGACUAGAAAGAAGAAGGAGAAGUUGGUCGGUGGUCUUCCUACUCCUGAGCCUGAACAACAGCAACAACAAGGUAAGGCUCGUCAAGUUGUGGAUGAGUUUGAUGUAGAGUAUGAUGAACAGGAUGAUAUGGAUCCAAUUCCAGUUCCCAACAAUCCAAAACAAAUUACUAUUCAAACAUCUACCGCUCAAGUCGCAUCUGAAGACGAAUACGAGGAUGAUGACGAAGACGAUGAACCUCCUUCCGAAGAAGAAAUCCAACGUCGUCAAUUUGUGAAAAACAAACCAGAUCUUUCACAAAUGUACAACCUUAACGAUUUUGAAUUUGUCGCUCGUCAUACUAUGGAAAAGACAGCAUGGGCAUAUUAUAGUUCUGCAGCUGAUGACGAAAUAACUAUUAGAAAUAAUCAUUUAGGAUAUCAAAGAAUCAUGUUCAGACCUCGAGUUAUGGUUGAUGUCAGUAAUGUUGAUAUUUCAACUACUAUGUUAGGUACGAAGGUUUCUCUGCCAUUUUAUAUUACUGCCACGGCAUUAGGGAAAUUAGGACAUCCUGAUGGAGAAAAAGUCUUGACCAGAUCUGCUGGGAAACAUGACAUUAUCCAAAUGAUCCCCACAUUGGCUUCUUGUUCAUUUGAUGAGAUUGUGGAUCAAGCUACUGAAAAGCAAACCCAAUGGUUUCAAUUAUAUGUGAACAGUGAUCGUGAAAUCUGUAAGAAUAUCGUGAAACAUGCAGAAGCCAGAGGAAUGAAAGGUUUAUUCAUCACGGUGGAUGCCCCUCAAUUAGGUCGUCGUGAAAAGGAUAUGAGAAGUAAAGAAGUUGAAGAUUUGAGUUAUGUUCAAGGUAAUGAUGACGAAGCUGAUAGAAGUCAAGGUGCAGCUAGAGCCAUUUCAUCAUUUAUUGAUACUUCUUUGAAUUGGAAUGAUUUGGCAUGGUUUAGAUCAAUCACAAAGAUGCCUAUUAUCUUAAAGGGGGUUCAAUGUGUCGAGGAUGCCAUCAAGGCAGCUGAAUUAGGGUGUGAGGGGAUUGUGUUGAGUAAUCACGGUGGACGUCAAUUGGAGUUUUCACCUCCUCCUAUUGAAGUCUUGAUUGAAUUAAUGCCAAUAUUGAGACAAAGGGGACUUGCUGAUAACUUUGAAGUGUAUGUUGAUGGAGGGGUUAGAAGAGCCACUGAUAUUCUUAAGGCUAUUUGCUUAGGUGCUAAAGGGGUUGGUAUUGGUAGACCAUUCCUUUAUGCCAUGUCAACCUACGGUGACGAUGGAGUUAAUAAGGCUAUUCAAAUCUUGAAGGAUGAAAUGAUUAUGAAUAUGAGAUUAUUGGGAGUUACUUCACUUGAUCAAUUAAAUGAAUCUUAUGUUGAUACGAGAUAUCACCAAGGUAGAUAUGUUCCAGAAGACAAAUUGUUCAGCAAUGUUUAUGAACCAAUGCCACACCCUGCGUGGAAGGAUUCUAAGUUAUAA